GAGCUCUUCGACUUCCUGGCCCAGAAGGAGUCGCUGAGUGAGGAGGAGGCCACCAGCUUCAUCCAGCAGAUCCUGGACGGGGUGGGCUACCUUCACGGCAAGAAGAUCGCCCACUUCGACCUCAAGAAAACAUCAUGCUGUUAGACAAGAGUAACCCCAUCCCACACAUCAAGCUGAUCGACUUUGGCCUGGCCCACGAAAUAGAAGAUGGAGUUGAAUUCAAGAACAUCUUCGGGACGCCAGAAUUUGUUGCUCCAGAAAUUGUGAACUAUGAGCCACUCGGACUGGAGGCUGACAUGUGGAGCAUCGGUGUCAUCACCUACAUCCUCCUGAGUGGAGCGUCCCCCUUCCUGGGCGACACGAAGCAGGAGACGCUGUCGAACAUCACAGCCGUGAGCUACGACUUCGACGAGGAGUUCUUCAGCCGGACCAGCGAGCUGGCCAAGGACUUCAUCCGGAGGCUGCUGGUCAGAGAGACCCGGAAGCGUCUCACUGUCCAGGAGGCCCUCAGACACCCCUGGAUCACGCCAGUGGACCCGCAGCAGGCCAUGGUGCGCCGGGAGUCCGUGGUCAACCUGGAGAACUUCAAGAAGCAGUAUGUGCGCCGGCGCUGGAAGCUCUCCUUCAGCGUCGUCUCGCUGUGCAACCACCUCACCCGCUCCCUCCUGAAGAGGGUCCAGCUGCGGCCCAGCGAGGACCUGAGGAACUGCGAGAGCGACACGGAGGAGGAGGUGGCCCGGAGGAAGGCACUGCAUCCCCGCCGGCGCAGCAGCACGUCCUGACAGUGGCUCGCCGGGCCCGGAAGCCCCAGCCGCAGGCCCGUCCCCGCCGUCCCCAGCACCGGGGAUCUGACGAGAUGGCCUGCAGGGGUCCGUGGACACGGCCGGGAGCCCCACCGGGGGCCCUGGGCGCUGGGACCGUCUGCCUGGAGGAGGCGCCAGCCUGCCCACACCUCACCAAGUGGCCUUCUGCUGUCUGGCAGCCUCAGGACCCCGGGGUGGACACGCAGGGACGUCUGCGAGGGAGGUCAGCCCCGGGGGCCUCUCCUGGGCGGGGCGAGUUCAGGGGCAGCUGGUGAAAAGUGACCCCAGGAAGCAGGGGCCACCCCCGGGGGACAGCGCAUGAGGGACCAAGCUUGAGGCCUUCCAGAGUCCACGUGGAGCCGGCGGGCCGGGCUGGACAGCGCGUCAGGCCGUCAGAGACCGGCCCACUAUGCCGUCGUCUUUCUCCUGCGUCUACUAAACUGGUCUGCUGAGGGCCCGGCUCCCUUCCUGCUCACCUGCGUCUUUCCUGGAGGCCGGGCGGACAGCCCCUCAGACGGCGACACGGAGCCCCCCAGGGCCCAGUGUCUCCGUCACGGCUUCCCAAGCGUCCUGUGACCCCGGGGAGCGGCCCAGCUGUGUCUCUGCCGGGACGAGCCGCGUCGUGGCUUCCCAUGGUGACUCCCCGGCCCAGACCUGGAGGAGAUGUCGGUUCCGAGGAGGGUCUUCAAAGAGGUGACUCGCGUGACCUGAAGUUGCCGGGUGGGCUUCACAGAGGGGGCCACAUCCCCGUCAGAAGUCGGAUGAGGAUGCAGCGGGGAGAGUUGGCAGACACGGCGGGAAGGUGCCGUCCACGGCGCCCGAGAAACCAGGGCGGCCACCCCUCCGCCCCUCACUUCCUUCCCUGGGACUGUC